AUGAUUUUUGUAUAAUCUGGAUAAAAAGACUACAUAAAUCUUCAUGAUUUGGUAUCAAAUGCAAUUUAAUAAGAAGACAAAACACAAGUUGUUUAGAUUAUUUAAAAGUUCAGAAAUUAUUCGCUUUUCAUUAUUCCUUUUCUUUUAUUUAUUUCCUUUUAAACUCUUCUUUUAAUUAUUUUUUGGAAUUCUCUUCUUUAAAAUACUAAAUUAGGGUGUUUCAUGUAAAAAUCAUAAUCCUAAAGACUUGAUAAAAUUGCAUCAUGCUUAAAUAAAUAUUUAGAAAAUAAUAUUCUUUUGAAAUAUUGUCCUUAAAUAAUAGUAAAUGCUCUUUAAAUUCCUGAAAAGCAAUCAGGAAUUUAAAAAGUUAAAAAGAAAUUUAUCAUAUAGGAAAAUUAAAGAUGGUGGCUAGGAAAAGAUUGGAUUAAUGUAAUGUUACCAGGAGAUUUUCCUGAUUGGUCAGAUGAUUAAGGUUUAAAAUCUCUUUCUAAAUGCGAUUUUAAGCUUCCUAAUGAAAACUGGGAAUGGGAUGGAGAGUGGAAAGUUUAAAUUUCAUCGAAUACAGAUAAUUAAGGUUGGAUGUAUGGAAAAAGAUUUAAAGAUGCAUAAGUUAUAAAUUGGAAUAAAAGUUUCUAUUAUGUUAGAAAAAGAAUAUGGACGAGAACUUGUAGUAUAUUAACUAGUUAUUAUUAUGAAGAUGAAUGA